GCGCACCCACCUGACCCUCUCCGUCCCAUUCAUCACCACCAUCACCGUGGCAACGGUAAUGUCGAUGAUGCCUUACACCUACCCAUUGGCUCUGCUCGUCGUCCUCGUCGUCCUCGGUGUUGCCGCCCCCCCUGCACUUGUCCGGUCGGACCCAGAGCCUGGGCCGAGCGUGGAAGCCAUCAACGCCACAUGUGCAACCGCUUCUUCCCAGGUAUAUUGCAGACAGUUGUUGUUAGACAACCUGGACGUGAGGACGCCGGAGGUGAAGGACGUGAUCGGGAUGUCGGUCCAAGUGGCGGCCAAGAAGGCGGCGGAGGCGGCCGCAGUCUACAAGGCCAACAAGAACCCAUCCAAGUGCAUCGCGGGCUGCAUCCACGACCUGGCCGUGCUCACCAAGAUGAUCGAUGCAGUCCGGGACCCGGCGGUGCUCAAAACCGCCAAGGACGCGGGCUAUGAUGAGUUCGAUUCCAGGAACAAGAAAUGCGGAAAUGAUUGCACCAUCGACAUGUCAAACCAAGAACGCGCCGACCAGAUGGCGUUCGUCUUUCCGGAAGGAGCUCUGCAAGUCACCGAUGACCUCUUGAACAGGAGGGCCUUCUUCAACCAGAAGAAGGCAUGA